AGGAGUCGUUCUCAAGACAGGGUCAGGAAGGUGCUGCCAUCCUAGAAGCAAGGGCUGCCUGGGGAGCUGCCUCCAAAAAGAGAGGAGAAAUUGUACCAACAGCAAACAUUUUGGACCAGCAGGAGCUUACAAGCAGUGCCAGCAUUCGUGAUGAGAUACCGGCUGAGGUGGCGGGUUCCUUAGACAACCAGCUAUCCCAUUAUGUUAGGAAUUCAAACCACUCAGUCUCUCAUGGCAAUACUACCCCUCACAUCCUUAAAAAUGCAGACAGCAGCCAAUCAAUGCAAAGCAUUGAACCCUCCGAUAAGCAGUUUGGGAAAGCAGUAGCUGAUUUAAAUAGGAGCCAUAGUGAUUCUGUUUCUAAUGCAACUAAUUUUGUGGAUUUUUUUCCUGCCAAUAACUCUGAUUCUCUUGGGUUUGACUUACUAACCUACACUAUGCAACUUUAUAGCAAUAAUAGCACGGGGCUUGCUUCCUUCUUUCCUGGAUUGACUCCAACAGCUGGCCACUGCUUGCCCUUACCAGCCAAUCUUCCAUAUUGCAACAACCUGGGCCUAAAACAUUUCAGAAUGCCGAAUUAUUUCAAUCACGGCAGUGACAUGGAAAUUCGGGCUUCUUUGCAUGAGUGGGAGGGGCUUUUAAAAUCUCGGUGUCACCGCUACUUGGAGUGGUUUUACUGCUUGCUACUGGUACCUGGGUGUAAUGCUUCUAUUCCAAUAACACCUCCGCCAUGCCAGGGAUUCUGUGAGGCCCUGAAAGAUCUCUGUUGGAUGCAUUUGAAAGAGGGGCGCUUCCCAAUCUCAUGUGACUCUCUCCCUGCGGAGGACAAUGAGUAUUCUUGUGUAUUUAUUAAUGUUUCUGCAGAAAAUUUCAGCACAGAAGUUGGACUCUUACAGCUGAUUGGAGAUCCUCCACCAGAGCAGAUAACCAAAAUUUAUGGCCCUGACAACAAUCCCGGCUAUGUCUUUGGCCCUGAUGCCAACACUGGUCAAGUGGCCCGAUACCACUUGCCAAGCCCUUUUUAUCGGGACUUUUCACUCCUGUUCCAUAUUCAGCCCACAACUAACAAGGCCGGUGUGCUCUUUGCCAUCACAGACUCCUCACAGGCUGUUAUUUACAUUGGCGUUAAGCUCUCUGAUGCAAAGGAAGGAAAGCAGCACAUCAUCUUCUACUACACAGAACCAGGGUCUCAGAGCUCAUAUGCAGCUGCCACUUUCACUGUGUCAUCCCUCCUGAACCAGUGGACUCGCUUUGCUGUUAGCGUGGAGGAUGAGGAGGUGGUGCUGUUCCUUGACUGCGAGGAAUAUGACCGGAUUCGUUUCGAACGCUCCCCUGACGAGAUGGAACUGGAGGAUGGCUCUGGGCUCUUUGUGGGGCAGGCUGGAGGUGCUGAUCCAGACAAAUACCAGGGCGUGAUAGCAGAUUUGAAGAUAAAAAAUGAUCCCCAUGCUGCUGUACUCCAGUGUGAGGAGGAUGAGGAUGAUACUGAGGAGAUGUCUGGAGAUUUUGGAAGUGGAGUUGAGGAAAAACUCCACUCAUCAGGAAAGGAGAGGGGGAUCCCAACUGUCUCAGGACUCCCCAAACCUCCCCCUGUCACUUCUCCCCCCAUUGCUGGCAGGCCGGUGGAGAAAGUCAGUGGGAGCUCUCAGCUGCAGACAGAGCACAUCAAAGCAGAAGAAACACCGCCAGUAUCUACAGGAGCCAGGGUUGGUCAAAAAGGUGAAAAGGGGGAGAAAGGAGAACGUGGUCCAAAAGGAGACUCCAGAACUGGUGGGGUUCCAUCCACAGGUGGUGUCAAAGGAGAAAAGGGAGAAAAAGGCGAACUUGGUGUUAAGGGAAGUGCAGGAUUUGGGUAUCCAGGUUCAAAGGGCCAGAAAGGUGAGCCGGGUGCUCCAGGGGAUCCCGGUCCUCCUGGCCCCCCAGGGCCCUCUGGAACCAUCUUGCAGCACCAGGAUGGCUCUGUGGUAGAGCAUGUCACUGGACCUCCAGGAGCCAUGGGCCCCCCAGGGCUUCCCGGGAAAGAUGGUUUCCCUGGCAAGGAUGGAGAGCCUGGGGAUCCUGGUGAAGACGGCAAGCCUGGUGACACUGGGCCCCAGGGAUUCCCAGGAACUCCAGGGGAGCCUGGCCUCAAGGGUGAGAAGGGUGACCCAGGGGUUAGUGUGAAAGGAUCCCCUGGACCGCCUGGCCCUCCUGGCCCACCUGGGAUACCAGGACUCUCAUCUAAACAGGAUAAGCUGACAUUCAUUGACAUGGAAGGGUCUGGGUUUGCAGGUGAUCUGGAAAGUUUGCGGGGACCCCGAGGCCCACCAGGUCCCCCAGGACCUCCUGGUGUGCCUGGCCUGCCAGGAGAACCAGGAAGAUUUGGGAUGAACCAUACAGCGAUUCCAGGUCCCCCUGGCCUGCCUGGCAAAGAUGGAAGCCCUGGACUGCAAGGGCCACCUGGUCCUCCAGGUCCUCCAGGAAGAGAAGGUUUACCUGGCCAGCCAGGAUUCAGAGGAGAGAAGGGUGAUUCUGGUGAUCUAGGCCUUCCUGGAGCUCCUGGACCCAAGGGCAGUAAAGGAGAAACUGGGCCACAAGGAUCCCCAGGGGAAACAGGGUUGGCUGGCCUUCCUGGACCUAUUGGACCCCGAGGACAGCCAGGUCCUCCUGGACCUCCAGGGCCAGGCUAUGAAGCUGGAUUUGGUGAUAUGGAAGGCUCAGGCAUACCAAUUGUUUCCAGUGUUCCUGGGCCACGUGGACCUGAAGGGCCACAGGGGCCACCAGGACUCCCUGGACUAAAGGGAGACAUUGGCAGUUCGGGUCAGCCUGGUGUGCCAGGACAAAAGGGAGAUCCUGGUACUCCAGGGACAAAUGGUCAGCCUGGAUUGGAGGGCUUCCCAGGACCUCAGGGACCAAAGGGUGACCAAGGCAGCCCAGGUGUUAAAGGUGAACGAGGUCAAGAUGGAGUUGGACUGCCAGGUCCCCCCGGGCCCCCAGGACCCCCAGGAGAGAUUGUUUAUGCCUCGAAUGGCCCAGUGGGACCUAAAGGAGAGGCAGGAUCCCCAGGGCUCCAAGGCUUUCCAGGGAUGAAGGGUGAGAAAGGAGAGCCUGGAGUGAUCAUUGGCCCAGAUGGGACAGUCACAGCCCUUGACACAAAAGGAGAAAAGGGUGAACCAGGGCUGAGGGGACCAGUGGGCCCACUGGGCCCGCAUGGACGGCCUGGACAGAAAGGAGAGAUUGGCUUUCCUGGUAGACCUGGUCGUCCUGGCAUGAAUGGGCUGAAGGGUGAGAAAGGUGACCCUGCAGACCCUAGCGGAGGGUUUAGUUUACCGGGUCUUCCAGGUCCCCCAGGUCCCCCAGGCCCUCCAGGCUCUCCUGGCAGCAUAGUGCCCGUCUAUGAUGGUAACGCAUUUACUGAGUCAGGCCCUCCCGGACCUCCUGGCUUGCCAGGUUACCAGGGUGUCCCAGGACACAAGGGUGAGAAAGGAGACACAGGUGCCCCAGGGCCCCCAGGCCAGUUCCCUUAUGACCUCAGCCGAUUUGGUGCCGCUUUUCGGGGUGAAAAAGGAGAGCAAGGGGACUCCGGCUUAAAAGGCGAAAAAGGCGAGCCUGGUGGGGGAACACUAUAUGGACCAGGCGUUGUUGGACAGCCAGGUCUUCCUGGUCCCCAGGGCUACCCUGGUCUUCCGGGUCCCAAGGGAGACAGCAUUGUUGGCCCACCUGGCCCCCCGGGACCUCAGGGACCUCCUGGCAUUGGGUAUGAGGGGCGACAGGGCCCCCCUGGCCCCCCUGGCCCCCCUGGGCCCCCCUCCUUCCCAGGACCCCACAGACAAACCAACGUGGUUGGCCCUCCUGGCCCACCAGGGCCUCCAGGACCUCCAGGCACCAGUGGGACAUCUGCUUCCUCUGGGCUGAAGAUCCUGCCAUCGUAUCAGGCCAUGCUGAGCACAGCCCAUGAGGUGCCUGAGGGGUGGCUUGUCUUCAUAGUGGACAGAGAAGAGCUGUAUGUCCGUGUGCGAAACGGCUUCCGGAGAAUCCUGCUUGAAGAUCACACUGUGAUCUCCAGCACUGCGCUGGACAACGAGGUGUACGACAAGCCACCCAGCAUCCACUUUGCACAUGGCAGCUCUCCCUCUUCUGGGUCACAGCCACAUGUACCCGUGCACCCGCACCGCGAUUACAACACUUACGCCACGGUGCGGCCCUGGGGAGGAGACGACAUCAUUGCUAACCACCACCGCCUGCCCAAGCAGCCCUCCAUCCACCAGGGAGCACAGCACCAGCAGGAGAAUUUGCAUGACUUCUAUCCAAACCGCCGGCCAGAGGACACCCCCUCUGCCAUGCACACACACCAUGACUUCCAGCCUGCUCUCCACCUCGUGGCUCUGAACACCCCCCUGAGUGGCAGCAUGCGCGGCAUCCGUGGAGCUGACUUCCAGUGCUUCCAGCAGGCCAGGGAGGUCGGACUGACAGGCACCUUCCGAGCCUUCCUCUCCUCCCGGCUGCAGGACCUGUACAGCAUUGUGCGCAGGGCUGACCGGAGCUCGGUGCCCAUUGUCAACCUCAGGGAUGAAGUGCUGUUCAAUAACUGGGAGUCCCUGUUUUCAGGCACGGAGGCGCAGCUCCGAGCUGGUGCUCACAUCCUCUCCUUUAAUGGAAAGGAUAUUCUGAGAGACUCCACUUGGCCUCAGAAGAGCGUGUGGCAUGGCUCUGACUCCAGGGGGCGUCGGCUGACCGAGAACUAUUGUGAGACGUGGAGGACUGACAGCAGUGUGGUGACAGGGCAGGCCUCCUCUCUGAGCUCAGGCAAGCUUCUGGAGCAGAAGGCAAGCAGCUGUCAGAAUGCCUUCGUCGUCCUGUGCAUUGAGAACAGCUUCAUGACCUCUUCCAAAAAAUAACCCUGGGCACGAAAUGCUGGGAGGAGGGGACCUGAACACAUCUGUCAAGGGCUGGAGGGGCAGCCGGCUCCCCUGCACAGCUUCUGCCUUCAUGCAUCGAUUCCCAGAUAUAAAGCCAAAGAGUGUUGUGAUAGUUUUAAACGCCAACCCGGCGCUCACUGUGGUGUCUCUUCUCAGCAGCCGCACUCUGACACAGGGCUUGUGCACUGCGGGCUGAUAUGGUUGCCAGAGGAGUGGCCCGGUAGGCUUACUGGAUAUGGCAAACUCCUCACGUUUGUCUAUGUGCCGUGUUCUUGUUUCUUCUUCUGUCUUAAUUCCCCUAAUAUUUAACCACUUGAGUUAUAUUCUUGCAUAAACUCCCCCUUGUUUCCCUAUUUGUUACCUUGCUUAGGAUGCUUUUUACAGGGAGGGGCCCAGUGUUGCCCACAGGAGUGCAUACCGACAAUGCCCUUCACUGAGUUUUUGGAAAUCAGCAAGAUGUUCUUCAUUAUAAUAAGAGGCCUGAUUGGAAAGUGGCUGCUCAGCCACUCCUCACACUGCAGCUCCCCACUUUGUGGGGCUCUCUGGCCUUGGUCUCUCUUGUUAGGAGCUGAAGCAACAAGCAGAGCACCUCGGUAAUGAGGCUGUGCUAGACUGGUUCAUGGUGAUCCUUGGGCCUUGGUGUUGCUGGCAGCGCAUCCUGGUGGAGGCAGUUGUGUGAACAGAGCAGCUCUUAGCAUGUGCAGAAGGUCCCAUGAGGAGACCAAAUAUCCAACCUGCAUGUGUGUGUGUGUGUGUGUGUGUGUGUGUCCCUGGGUGGAAACCACCAGGACCAGGCAGGCCCCCCAUGAGAGAGCUUCCAUCUGCUUGGGUUGGGCCUGCAGGUUAGCUUUCUUCUCAACUUUGCCUGAAGAAGCCAACUGCCUCACCUAUUGCUUAUUCCCCACUUCCCUGGCCCAGCUUUAGGUAUGAAUAACCAGUUCCUGGCUGGGCGUGCCCAGGUUCCUCUCCACUUGCAUGGGGGUCGCCAACUUCCUGGAUUCUGCUGGGUCUACCUAGUUUGUAAGCCUUUCUGCCCCUGCUGUGAGUUAAGAAGAUGCUCCUCUUCCAUAGCACUUCUAAGCUGUCAGGGGUGCCCUGUCACUGACCUAACCCAGGGCCUUUCUUUCCAAGGCAGAAUAAUUUCAUUGUGAAGAAAGGUACUUUGUUCCCUCCCCAGUGUAGGAGGAUGCCCAGACAUUAGGGCCUGUUGGGCAGACCUGGCCUUUUUGAAAUUGCAUCAGCCAAGGUCCUGGCCUAAUGCUUUCGCCACUCAUUCCUGUUCAGUCUCAGCCCUGAAGGCCCUGCUCCUUUGACUCAUUUCAUUCUGACCCAGACCAUUUCAGAAGCGCUUUCGCUUGUGUUCUUGGGUCCCGAAGCCUGCUUGUGCGUUCUGAUGCCCUAACAGCUUGCCACGGGUCGUGAUGGUAAAAGUUCUCACCAUGAGGUGAGGGCAUAUCAGAAGUAGGUACAGAGCCACACAUCAUUCCCAACGCUUUUUGUGUCUUGGUGCAUUGUUGUUACUAGACACUGAGUUGCUAGGAUUCUUGAGGGGAGUCUUAUGGCUUGUGUCCAGUUUCCCAUGGCAGCUGGCUGGACAGCAAGGUGAGAGGGAGGAUCUGUUUUUUACUUUUCCAGAGCAUUUGCCUCCUGGUCUUGGGCCUCUUUAUUCCAGCCCUCCUAGACUUAAGUCAGCUGUUGCUGAUGGGAAGGAGUGGAGGUCUUUUUUUUUCUUUUCUUCAUGCUUUCCUUUCUCCAUCCAUUCCAUCCCCUUGUUCCACAAGAGGGAGGUUUCCAAGUCUAGCAGCAUCCAGAUAAAAUCUGCUCUCUGGUGGUUUGUCCCAUAGCUAGGGGCUCUGGAUCCCUUCUCCUAGCCCCUACCUGCUGUCCUGAGCACAGUUGUCUUGGUAGUUGAAAACAUAUAGUCUCUAGGACAGGUGCUGCUCCUUAUCCCAUCUGAGCUCUAAUUCCAGCAUCCAGAAUCCAAGUGUACUGGAGCUGGUGCUACAUGCCUUGCUUGCCCUGUUGCAGGGCCUGAUUUUCUUGCUCGAGAGGCACGCACCUGUUUGCUGUGCCUGCACAGGCAGGAUGCACUGCACUGUUCUUCUAAUGCUAGUGUAAGAAUUGCUCCCAAAAGGCCUACACAUGGCUUCCAGUCAGAUACCUGCUAAGCCAGGCUCCGCCUGUGCUGUCAGUGCUCUGGUAGGGACAUGCCACAUCCCGGGCAGUCUGUGCCUUUGUCAUGAGGGGAUUAUUAAGAGCAAUGGGAGAUUUCAUAUCAGUGCAGGAACAGGCUACUCCCAAACCUGCAUAUAGUUUCCUCAUCUGAUUCCUUAACAUUGGGCUGGAGAGGCCAUUUGUUUGGUAAGUUUAAGUGAUCAGAUUAACGAGUAACUUGUAGGGUACUUAGGAGCAGAAAAGGACAAGAGAAUAUAAUGGGUUAUGACUUGUAUGGGGGAUUUGGGUAGAGAACACAUCCUGAUUUCCAUUCAGCAGCACAGGGCACUGAAUCCCACAGUUAACGUGCGUGCGUGCGUGCGUGCGACUGACUGACUGAGUUGACCACUGUGUCUGGGCAUCUUGUGUUAGCACCAGAGCUGGGAAAAUGCUCCCCUUCAAAGCCAGAAACCUUGAACACACUUUCAUGUUACGUAUGUACUUGUUGAGCACUAAUGUCUAAAAGAUUGUUUAAAUCAGUUUUGAAAAUCUGAGGUGCUAAAUUUUUACCUAGCUUUUUAUUAUUGUAUUGAAAUUAUUACCAUAAAAGUUGUGCAAGUCACACAAUUUCUAUUUCUCAUUGUCUACUGUAUUUUAUGUAAUUAAUGCAAUUUAAAGCCUGUGGAUCUUUAUAUUUUUGUCAGUUGUGUUCUAUAAACCAUUUUCUAAAGGCACUGAAUAAAGGAAAGUAUCCUCUUUUA